AUGGAGGCAGAGCGCAAUGUGAAAUUCGUGGAGAAUUCAAGUGUGGUGAAGGAAGCCCAGGAAAAGGCCAACGCAGCCCUGAUGGAGUACACCCUCUGCAACUACCCACACGCCACAGACAAGUUCCGCCAGCUUCUGAUGCAGCUGGCUAACGUCCGGUCCCUGAGCAUGCAAGCGGAGGAGUACCUGUACCACAAGCACCUGAGCGGGGACGUGCCCUGCAACAGCCUCCUGAUUCAAAUGCUCCAUGCCAAGCGGACAUGAGAGCGCAAAGCAAGGCUCUCUGUCCCCCCUUCGUCUGGGGAAGAGACUCACGGCAGCAGAGGUGCA